AUGUUGUGCCUCGUGCAGUUUGUUUCCUCCCGCGGCAACGAAUACUUCUGCGAAAUUGAUGAAGACUACCUGACUGAUCGGUUCAAUCUCACCGGAUUGAAUACUGAAGUCUCGUACUAUCAGUACGCUCUUGACCUUGUGACCGACGUUUUCGAUCUCGACGCCGACGAUGACUUGCGUGAGCAAAUCGAAAAGUCUGCCCGUCAUCUCUAUGGCUUGGUUCAUGCUCGAUACAUUGUGACCACUCGUGGUCUCGCCAAAAUGCUUGAAAAGUACAAGAAGAGCGAUUUCGGGAAAUGCCCUCGUGUGAUGUGCGAUGGACAUGCUCUACUACCUCUGGGCGAAUCGGAUCUUCCAAACGUUAGCACCGUCAAACUCUACUGUCCCAAAUGUGAAGACAUCUACAACCCCAAGUCAACACGCCACUCAUCCAUCGAUGGUGCAUACUUUGGUACCUCGUUCCACUCUAUCCUAUUCCAGGUUUACCCGGCUCUCAAUCCCGAGAAGAGCAGUCGUCGCUACGAACCAAGGAUCUACGGGUUCAAAGUGCACGCUGCAGCCGCGCUUGCUCGUUUCCAAGACAAUCAGCGCGAAGAUCUCAAGUGGCGUCUUGCCGAAGUCGACAUCAACCACAGAUUUAUCGAGGACAGUGAAAGUGAUGACGAUGCAUUCGAGUACGACGAUGAUUAUGCCGAAGGUCAAAGUCACGGGGUCAAGCAUGACAAGAUCCGCGGUGAUACAGCUUCCGCUCGUAUGGAUGUCGCCAAGUAA